AUAUUGAUAUGGUGAUGGACACUAUUAUUUUCACUUAUUGCUAUUAAUAAUAUUACAUGAUUUAUUAAAAAAAUAAUAAUAAAUUCCAAACUACGUCGUUUUGAUAAUAUCUUUCUUCAUCUUCUUCGUCUAUUUUUUCUGGUUCAAAAUCGAGACGAGAGGGGACACUUUGAUUCGAUUUCACUCUAGUGCUUUCCUCCUAUGGACUCUAAUUCUCAACAACCUCCUUCAGCUAGUAAUCCUCCCCCAAAACCUUGGGAACGGGCAGGUUCAUCGUCUGGCCCUGCACCAUUCAAGCCUCCAUCACCGGGAAGCACAAGCGACGUAGUCGAGGCUUCGGGAACUGCAAGACCUGGAGAAAUUGUUUCGACUUCUGAUAGGACUAACACUCUUAACAGAAACACACUUUCUAGGCCUGUUCCCACAAGACCUUGGGAGCAAAACUACGGGACUAGCAAUACAUAUGGAGGUUAUGGUUCUACAAUGAAUGGAGUUGGAGGAAUGUAUGGGAGCUCGUAUGGUGGAGCGGGAGGAAUGUACGGUAACUCGUAUGGUGGAGUUGGAGGAAUGUAUGGUGGCACAUAUGGUGGAGCUGGGGGAAUGUAUGGAAAUAGCAUGUAUAGAGGAGGAGGGUAUGGAGGGGGACUUUAUGGAUCUUCGGGAUUAUAUGGGGGCGGGAUGUACAAUGGUGGUAUCGGUAUGGGAGGACAAAUGGGUGGCUAUGGAAUGGGCAUGGGUGGUCCUUAUGGAGCUCAAGAUCCAAAUGAUCCAUAUGGUGCUCCUCCAUCUCCUCCGGGAUUUUGGAUGUCAGUACUAAGGGUGAUGCAUGGUGUAGUAAACUUUUUCGGUCGCAUAUCAAUUCUCAUUGACCAAAAUACACAAGCUUUUCAUUUGUUCAUGACUGCUUUUCUUCAGCUUUUUGAGCGGUCUGGCGUGUUGUAUGGAGAGCUUGCCAGAUUUGUAUUUAGGAUUCUAGGGAUCAAAACAAAGUCAAGGAAGGUUCACCAACUAGGUCCCGAUGGACGCCCACUUCCACUACCUGGACCACCCGGACACCAAAACCAGAACCAGAACUUCAUCGAGGGACCUAAGGCUUCUUCUGCACCCGUUGCUUGGGACAAUGUUUGGGGAAAUGAGGCUGGUAACUAAACGAAACCAAGUGAAACGACAAGUUGUAUAAAUUUUGUUGCCCUGCCCCGGGUGGUUGAAGCUUGCUGCAGUUUCGGUCAACAUUAUAUGAAGCUCACUCGCCCCCUGUUAAAGGCGGUGCAUGAUCAAAUUGAUGAGAGUGUGUCAUGUGAGGAGAUAGGUUAUUAUUCUAGAGUUGUUUGGUUUGUAAUUGGUUAAACAGACAAGUGAAAAUAAAUGAGUGAAAAUAAGAAGACAAUCAACUAAAAUAGUAUGAGAGUAAAUAUGGAACUUGAUGAUAUUAUGAAAAAAGUGUAAUUUGGUCACAUUUUUUCUUAUUCCUAUAUUACCCUUCUUGAAAAAUCAAUAUAAGGAUGGUGUGAUAUGGUGUCAA